GCUGUUCGAAGUCAAAUGUUUUUGAGAAGGAUAAUAGCGGAUUCAGCAUUCAAAUUUCAACAGUAACUGUUGUAUCUGAAACCGAAGCUUCGGAAAUCUUGUGUGAAGAAUAAUAAUUACAGAAAAAGAUUUAUCACGUGUGGUUUUAGAUCCGGAAUGGCACAAAAUAUAAAUCCGUUUUAUUCCUCUCAAAAUGCUCCGAGUAAACCCACAGAGGAGAAGCAAAAUAUACCAAAAGACAAUCAUGCAGUUAGUAAACGGUUACAAAAGGAACUCAUGGUUUUGAUGAUGAGUACAGAAAAAGGUGUAUCCGCUUUUCCGGAUGGAGAAAAUUUAUUCAAAUGGAUAGGAACCAUCACAGGACCUCGUGAUACAGUUUAUGCUGGUCUUACGUACAAAUUAACUUUGGAAUUUCCUCAUAGUUAUCCAUACAGUGCACCAGUUGUACGUUUUGCUACUCCUUGUUUUCAUCCAAAUGUGGAUGCAGUAGGGAAUAUUUGUCUGGAUAUAUUAAAAGACAAAUGGAGUGCUCUAUAUGAUGUUCGUACUAUAUUAUUGUCCAUACAAUCUCUUCUUAGCGAACCCAACAAUGAAAGUCCCCUGAAUCCUCAAGCUGCAAAAUUGUGGAAUGAUCAGACAAAGUACAAGAAACAUUUAACAGAAGAGUACCAUAGAGCUGUGAAUCGCGACCAACAAGAUUCAUGAUAAGUGCAUUCUUAUAAUCAUCCCAACUUGUUCAUUUGUAUUUUUAAUUCAAUCAAUGUUAUAAUUGACUGUAAGGCAUGCGGAAACAAUUUGCAUAGAAUUUAUGAAAUUCACAAACAAAAACUGCAUCUUUGGUUUGCUCUUUUACAUCUGUACGCUAUGUCACCUAACGAAACGUGAAUGUACCUUUUCUACCGUUCAUUACGGUCACUUUUAUUGCAUAGUUUCGUCAGUUUGCCAUAAAUAUGUAUAGAAAUUUGUAUCAUGGUUUUAAGACUGUAUAUGCGGAUUAAACAUUUCUACAUCGUCAAUUUA